CUGAGAUGUUUCCUUGAACUUGUCUCAGAGAAGGAAAGAUCUUGUGCCUAGUACCUAUGCGGGCUGAUCUCAGGAGACAAGCAGAAUGAAAAUGAAGCAUCUGAUCUGCUUCCUGAUUUUGUUCUUCAUUUCUGGAGUAGGAAGCUUUGAUCUUGUUAUCGACGAAAUCCCAGAUGAAGUGGAGAACCUGAUUGACCUAGAAAUCGAUGGAGUUCCUCCAAGCUCCAAGACGAGGAAUGGCAGGUACCAGCGAAGUACAUCUGACUGGGGGUAUGUUGGAGACCUGGUGGAGGAUGAUGACAAGAUAGGUCUUUACAGCUACAAAGUUCAAUCCACUAUAACGUCACGGUUGGCCAACACAAUGAUCCAAGCCAAAAUGGUGAAUAAUGCAAAACGGUCCCAGCACAUAGUGUUUGAUGUACAAGUCCCCAAAGGAGCUUUUAUUGACAACUUUACUAUGGAUGUCAAUGGUAUAACAUUUACCAGCAAAAUUCGGGAAAAAUCUGAAGCCAGAAAAAUGUACUCUCAAGCAAAAGCCAAAGGCAAAGCUGCUGGAAUAGUAAGGAGCAAUGCCUUGGAUAUGGAAAACUUCCAAACCGAAGUGAAUGUGCCCCCAGGGACGAGGAUCCAGUUUGAACUUCACUACCAUGAAAUGAUUCGGAGGAAACUGAGCUCUUACGAGCACAUCAUCUCAGUGAAGCCAGGACGUUUGGCAAAGCACAUGGAGGUGGAUGUUCGCAUUAUUGAGCCGCAGGGACUUCGCUAUGUGCAUGUUCCUAAUUCCCUCGGAGAUCAUUUUGAUGGAAUCACCACCAUCUCCAAGGGAGAGAAAAAGGCUCAUGUUUCUUUCAAGCCAACGAUGGCUCAACAACGAAAAUGCCCCACGUGCUCAUCCACAGCAGUAGAUGGAAAUUUUGUGGUGCAAUAUGAUGUGAACAGAGAAACCACAGGUGGAGAAUUGGAAAUUUUUAAUGGCUAUUUUAUUCACUUCUUUGCUCCGGAAAAUCUUGAUCCUCUGCCCAAAAACAUUUUAUUUGUUAUAGAUGUCAGUGGCUCGAUGUGGGGACUGAAAAUGAAACAAACCAUCGAGGCCAUGAAGGCAAUAUUGAGUGAGCUCCGUGCUGCUGAUCAGUUCUCCCUUAUUGACUUCAACCACAAUGUCCGAUGCUGGAGAGACAAUCUAGUCUCAGCCACCCCAGCCCAGGUUGAAGAUGCUAAGAAGUACAUCCAGACAAUCCAUCCCAACGGGGGCACAAAUAUCAAUGAAGCUCUUCUCCGAGCCACAUUCAUCCUGAAUGAAGCCCAAAACUUAGGCAUGUUGGACCCUAACUCAGUCUCCAUGAUCGUAUUGGUGUCUGAUGGAGACCCAACAGUAGGUGAGCUAAAGCUGACGACGAUCCAGAAGAAUGUGAAGCAGAGCAUAAAGGAUGAAUACUCUCUCUUCUGCCUCGGGAUUGGGUUUGAUGUAGAUUACGAUUUCCUGCAGAGAAUCGCGACUGACAACCGCGGCAUGGCCCAGAGGAUUUUUGGAAAUCAGGAGACUUCUGCCCAAAUGAAGAAUUUCUACAACCAGGUCUCCACCCCACUCUUGAAGAAGAUUCAGUUCAACUACCCCCAGGAGUCAGUGUCAGACGUCACCCAGAGCAGCUUCCACAACUACUUUGGUGGCUCGGAGAUAGUAGUAGCUGGGAAGGUGGACACAGAAAACCUGCAGCACUUGGAAAGCGUUGUCACAGCGACAGCAGCAAAUGCAGAGCUCGUCAUGGAAACCCUGCGAGAUGUUGAAGAACUGGAUGGCUUCAUGAAGAAAGACAAAUACGCAGAUCCUGAUUUCACUAGGAAGCUGUGGGCCUAUCUGACUGUCAACCAGAUGAUGGCAGAGAGAAACACAGCCCCCACUGCAGCUUUGAAGAGGAACAUCACCAAAUCCAUCCUACAGAUGUCUCUUGACCAUCAUAUUGUUACCCCCUUCACAUCCAUGCUGAUAGAGAACGCCGAAAAGGAUGAGAUAAUGCUGGCAGACCAGCCCAAAGACCCCAGAAGGGGCUGCUGCCCAGGUACUCUAGGAUUAACUCCAAAUGCACCUAAUAACAACAAAGGUAUUCCAGCCUGGGCCAAUGUCACGGCUGUACCAGUCAGCUUCAUGCCUGAGCAAAGGAGUCCUCCUGUGUCCUCUCUGAGCAUAAACAGAGUUGACAAUGACCCACAUUUCAUCAUAUACCUGCCCAAGAGCCAAAUGAACAUCUGCUUCAAUAUCAACUCAGAUCCUGGAAAGAUCCUAAACUUGGUUUCUGAUCCUGGUACUGGAGUUGUGGUCAACGGGCAGCUUGUCGGGGCCAAGAAAACAGAGAAUAAGAAACUCAACACAUACUUCGGCAAAAUUGGGUUUUAUUUCAAAAACAAAGGCUUGAAAGUGGAGAUCACCACAGAAACAAUAACGCUGAAAGAUGGAUCUUAUGGCAUCACACUGACCUGGUCUGACACGGGGCACAUCAUUCGGAAACAGCUUCUCAUAUCUGUAAAGAAAGAAAGCAAUGUUACUAUCACCGUGGGUGAGGAGAUGUCCUUCAUGGUUUUGCUGCACCGUGUGUGGAAGAAUCACCCAGUUAACGUUGACUUCCUGGGAAUCUACAUUCCCCCUGAAAACCAGUUCUCUCCUGAAGCCCAUGGGCUGAUAGGUCAGUUUGCGUCUGAACCAGAAGUGUAUAUCCACCACCAAAGACCUGGGCAAGCUCCAGGGAAACCACAAGCCACCAUGGAAGUGAAAGGCAACAAGCUCACUGUUACCAGGGGAUUGCAGAAGGACUACAGGACGGAGCGCGUGCUCGGGACUGACGUGCAGUGCUGGUUUGUGCACAACAGCGGGAAGGGUUUCAUAGACGGCCACUACAAGGAUUACCUCGUCCCCCACCUGUACAGCUUUCUGAAGAAACCCUGAAUGCUCCAACACAAAACCAGUUUGUUACAAAAAAUUCUUAUCUGCUCCUUCACGCCCAAACAACUCUUCUGAACAGCAGCUGUGAGCCUAGCCCGAUCAACUGAAGGCUACUUCACCACCAUUUGCUUUAUAAAUGAUCAGUGUUUCAAAGCCAUGUGACUAACUCCCUUUUCUGUUAAAAAAAUGAAAUCUGUAAUAAAGUGACCUGCUGGGUUGUAGUAGGUAUCUUGCUCUUGCCACGUCUGAUUUAGUAGAUAUUAAACCCCAUUUAAAAUGUCAGCUGUUUUUGUAAUAUACAUUUCACAGACUUGUAGCAGCAUGGUGGCUCCUGCAGUAUCGCUGACGCACAUGACCAGAUUUAAUACUUACACCUUCGCUUUUUCAGACUUCUAGGAAAAUGUAAAUUGUGCACUGCUGGACUGGGCAAAAAGGAGGAUAUGCAUUAGAUACGAGAGAAAUUUAACAGAAAAAUUAACACGGGCUCUGCAGUGGGUAUCAUGAGGAGUCUCCAGUCUUUAAGGAUGGGUUAACCAGUGACAAGGAGUGUUCUUGAAAUAUGUGAUGCUGUCAUACAGCAGGAAAAUUAAUUACAUGAGUCUUAAUACAACCUCCAGCCUAUUUUUUGUGAAAAUUUCAGCAUCACAGUGGAGUUCACACACAGAUACAAAUCUGGGAAAGCAGGAAACAGGCUAUACAGGAAUCACCAUCAAUACUAAAAGCUUCCCUUGCAGUGGGAUUAGCUCCCAAAAGAUGCCUUGCUCUUCCAGAGUACUCAGCAAUGAGUGAGAUCAGGAGUGAGACUAAUUUACACAUCCAUGUACUUAGAGCCAGAUUUAAAACUCUGCUUUCCAGCAACCUUAGGAAAAAAACUGUUGGCCAGAUUCUUCUCAGCCACCCUAACCUAGAAAGGUGAUUCAAAUAACCUACUUGCCCUUCUGAAGUUCAGUUUCCUUCACUUACGAACUAAAGGCUGGUAGAUGAUCUUUCUUGCAGCCGUGGUGUCAGGAGUGAGGAUCAAUACGUUUUAAGUGUCCCUUCAAAGUAACUCUCAAAGCAUAAGCAACUUCCCUACAAACCAUUUAUUGCUGCUUUGAACUCAUUAAUUAGCUUUAGCCCCUACAGCAUCCUGCAGCAGUGAGUUCCCUAGUUUAACCAGGCUCUGUUUGGGGGGAGGAAAAACCUGUUGAGUGUGGUUUUAAAUCCCCAAAUCAGUAAUUCCACUGUCUGUUUCCUUGCUUGUAUGUGACUACAAGCAGUGAAUAAUCUCUUCUCCACACCAUUUGUGACUUGUCUAUU